AUGCGGGUGAAGAGGUCGCGCCAGAUAUCCAAGGUUCUGGAAGUUUAUGAAAGAUGCUUUGGCCUUGAUCCAAAAAACCUGGAAAUUUUCUUGGAUCAUACUUUUGUUAGACAAUCCUUGGUCAAUAAUGUUAAUCUCAAAGAAAGUAUCACAAACUUGGUGGGUCGAGGAUUCCGAUUAGUAACCUCAUCUUGCGUCAUUGCAGAAUGUGAAGCUCUGGGAACUCUUUUCUCGAGUACUCUAAGUUUUCUUAAAGUCGUUACUGAGCUGAAAUGCCACCAUGAGUUAAAUCCGGCUCUAGGAGCAAUGUGGUGCAUCCGCAAAAGAAUGCGUGUAGCUAGGAAGCAUGGCAUUUUCAGGCGAUUGAAUAAGGACGAGAAGUGUUUCCUAUUUGCCAUAGCUUCGAAUGAUCCAAAGUUGCAGGGGUUUGCGCGAACUGUUCCUGGAAUGCCUAUCUUUUUUGUGGCCCAACGCUGUAUCAACACUGAACCUAUUCCAGAUGCCACACAGCAAAUCAUUAAUGAAAUCACAGCAAAGAGUUUCCAGAUGAAUGAUUCUGAACUUUCAAGACUGCAUCAGAUAGAGGAGAGGUUUGGUCUCCAGAAGGCUGAAGUGAAAAAAAGGAAAAGGAAAGGUCCUUCAGGUCCGAAUCCUCUGUCUUGUCGUAAAAAGGCCUCCGUCACAAAUGCCACUUCGGUGUCCCGUGAGCCUCUAACAAAUCCAAAUGAAGUACCGAAGCGUCGUCGAAAAAAGCCUCAUCGAGCGCUCCACAAAACACUUUCAGUUCGUCUUGAAAUGAAUAGGCUUUAUGGAACGCCAAUAUGCAAAAAAUCGUCUUCAGAGCCCAAUGCUAUUGCUGUUAAUAUCUAA